AUGGAUCAGUUCAGUUCUGAUACUCGCUCUGGAUUUUCAUCACAAACUGGAAAGUCGAGCAAUCAAAAAUAUGCAAGCAAAAAGUCCAACUUAACCAACUACCAAGAUUAUUUGGAAUAUUUACACUAUAUGGACGAAUCGAAAAUUAUUUAUUUUCUUUUUACAAGUACAGACUCCCCCAUUAGUGGUUAUUCUUGGAGUCCAAUUUGCACUGAAGUACAAGAAGUUCUUGAAAAACGUGUUGAAGAACUUCACAACAGUGUUUUUGUGGUAAUACAUGUUGGCAGUCAAGAUGAAUGGGAAGAUCCAGACAAUCCUUUUAGACAAGACAAGAACCUUCAGCUAAAAGUAUUACCAACAUUUAUGAAUGUCAAGUCAGGCAAGCGCCUAGAAGGCUUGAACUGUGUGAAAUCAGAAUUACUGGAACUAGUUUGGGAAAAAGAAUGUGAUUUUUAA